AGAAACACAGAAUAGAAGAAUUAGAAAAUAGUCCCUUCCAAGCUCUGUGUUCUGCACUCUGUAGUGUGUUUAUCUGUACCAUAAAUCAACGACGAAACAAUGUUUUCCCCAAGAGACAUGCCUUCUCCUUCCUCAAUCUUCUCUGCCUAUGCCUCCAUGACAGCCUCUAUGAUGCUUCUGCGUUCCAUGGCCAACGAACUCGUACCCCAACCAAUUCGUGGCUACCUUUUCAAUGCUUUUCGCUACCUCAUCAAGCCUCGUUCGCCUACGCUCACCCUCAUCAUCGAAGAGUCCACCGGCAUAGCUCGCAACCAAGUCUUCGAUGCUGCAGAGGCUUAUCUCUCCACCAGAGUCAGCCCCGACAACGAAAGACUGAAAAUCAGCAAGAGUCCAAAGGAGAAGAAACUAACCAUUCGGCUCGAGAAGGGUGAGAGGGUAGUUGAUUACUUCGACGGGGCAUGCUUCAAAUGGAGAUUCAUUUGUGCAGAAACAGAAAAGAACAGCCUCAACGAUCAUAACAACGUCUCCAUAAGGUCAGAAAAGCGGUAUUUUGAGCUUAGUUUCCCCAAGAAGCAGAGGGAAAUUGUUUUGGACUCUUACUUGCCCUUUAUUCUUGACAAAGCCAAGGAGAUGAAAGAUGAGGAAAGGGUGUUGAAGAUGCACACUCUGAACACUUCCUUUUGUUAUUCUGGGGUAAAAUGGGACUCCAUUAAUCUGGAGCAUCCGUCAACUUUUGAAACGCUGGCUAUGGAGCCAGAGCUGAAGAAUGCUGUGAUAGAGGACCUAAACAGGUUCGUGAAGAGGAAGGAGUUCUACAAGAGAGUUGGGAGGGCGUGGAAACGUGGGUACUUAUUAUAUGGCCCUCCGGGUACUGGCAAGUCUAGCUUGAUUGCAGCUAUGGCUAAUUACUUGAAGUUUGAUAUCUAUGACCUACAACUUGGGAACAUAGUAAGGGAUUCCGACCUCAGAAAAUUGCUUUUGGCUACGGCAAAUAGGUCCAUUUUGGUCAUUGAAGACAUUGAUUGCAGUGUGGAUCUGCCUGAGCGUCGCCAUGGAGAUGGACAUGGUCGUAAACAAGCUGACGUACAGUUGACAUUGUCUGGGUUACUGAACUUCAUAGAUGGACUAUGGUCGAGUUGUGGAGACGAAAGAAUAAUCAUAUUCACGACCAACCACAAAGAAAGGCUAGACCCUGCUCUGUUAAGGCCCGGAAGAAUGGACAUGCACAUUCACAUGUCCUAUUGUUCCUACCAAGGCUUCAAGCUUUUGGCCUCAAAUUACUUGGAAAUUUCCUCUGAUCACCACCUCUUUGGGGAGGUAGAGGGGCUAAUAGAGGACAUACAAAUAACCCCUGCUCAAGUGGCAGAGGAAUUGAUGAAGGAUGAGGACUCAGAGGCCACACUUGAAGGUUUCGUGAAGCUUCUUAAGCGGAAAAAGAUGGAGGGUGAUGUAUGUGAAAACUAUGGUCCAGAUAAAGCAGAACCUUCUCAUCAAAAAUCUAAAAGGCGCAAGGUUGGUUGCAAGCAAAAGCGUGGUGUUGGGAAUGGUGUAGUUACCCAAAGGAGGACAAGGAGAAUUAGGAGAGGGUGUAGUUUGUAAUCAACUGGUCACACAUGGAAUCAUAAAAUAAAGUUGUUAUAGCUACUAAUUGUGUCCAGAAAUUAAAUUUGCUGAUCUAGGCCUUUGGCUUUUGUUAGUUUUAAUCCAUUACUAAGAGGGUACAUUUCUAUCCAACUGUGCUUGAAUUUUCCUUCAUGUAUAUGAGGAGG